GACGCCAAGAUGGCGGCGCGGGGCCGCGCCCGCGAUCCCGGCUCUUCUCCCCCAGGCUUCCUCCCGCGCUAGCGUGACUCGCGUCGCGGUGCGCCGGUUGCCCUUCGGCAGGGGUGGUCACGGCCGCCCACCGCCCCGCACUAUGCGGCUCCUCGGCUGGUGGCAGGUAUUGCUGUGGCUGUUGGGGCUUCCGGCCCGCGGCCUGGAGGUUGCAGAGAAAAAUGAUCACAUAUGGUCAGAGGGGCAGCCGGCUUCCCAUCUCCAGGCAGGGGCUGUGUACCUGAGCGAGGAGGAGCCCCCACAUGACCGCAUAGGCCGGGACAGGGCUGCGGAGGAGGCCGGUGCUGGGCUGGGGCUGGACGCUAACCGAGAUCCCAUGGUGGUGCUGUCUGUGAUUCCUGGGGAAGCUGAGGACAGACGGAGCUCGGAGCCCAGUGGUGGCACCUGUGGUGCUGAUGGAGAGGAAGACUCAAGGUGCAGUGCCCAAGACAGCCUCUUCUCUCUGGACAGAGGUGGGACAAGCUUCCCUGAAAGAGAAGAGGAGUACUAUGCGGAGCCCGAGGUGGUGGAACCUGAUCCUGCCCCUGCAGAGGAUGCCAAUAACACCGAGAGCCUCAAAUCCCCAAAGGUGAACUGUGAGGAGAGGAAUGUGACAGGGUUGGAGAAUUUCACUCUGAAAAUUUUAAAUAUGUCCCAGGACCUUAUGGAUUUUCUAAACCCGAAUGGUAGUGACUGUACCCUGGUACUGUUCUACACUCCAUGGUGCCGGUUUUCUGCCAGCUUGGCCCCUCAUUUUAAUUCUCUGCCCCGGGCGUUUCCAGCUCUUCACUUUUUGGCACUGGAUGCAUCUCAGCACAGCAGCCUUUCUACCAGGUUUGGCACUGUAGCUGUUCCUAACAUUUUGUUAUUUCAAGGAGCUAAACCAAUGGCUAGAUUCAAUCAUACAGAUCGAACACUGGAAACACUGAAAAUCUUCAUUUUUAACCAGACAGGUAUAGAAGCCAAGAAAAAUGUGGUGGUAACUCAAGCUGACCAAAUAGGCCCUCUUCCCAGCACUUUGAUAAAAAGCGUGGACUGGUUGCUCGUAUUUUCCUUAUUCUUUUUAAUUAGUUUUAUUAUGUAUGCUACCAUUCGAACUGAGAGUAUUCGGUGGCUAAUUCCAGGACAAGAGCAGGAACAUGCCGAGUAGUGAUGGACUGAAAGAAGUUGAAGAGAGGAGAACUUGCAGUUUUUCAUUUCAGAAAUUAUUGCUGUAAUCUCAUACAUUUUCUCCAGUGAAGUGUUGACUUGCAACUUCAGUCAAGUUAAAAGAAUCAUGCCUUUGUUGAAUGGGUAAAAGAAUUACAAACUGGUGUUUUAACUAGUUUUGGAAUAAGCAGAUGCAAAAAUAUUCAUUAGAACUUACUAUUCUUGUUUUUAUUGCUUGAAUAUAACCCAAUAUUUUAGGAAUAAUCCAGUUUGAAAUGUGAAGACAUAUUAUGGUAGAAUAAUAAGUAUAGUGCCAUUAUGAUUACUGUGUACAAGGCAGAAAUAGAAAAUUCUUGGUUCCUUGUGUAUGUCUAGGAAAGUUUGUUUUCUGUUUGCAGUUUCUCUUCCAGAGUUGGUUAAGCAGGAACAUGUUUUGUUAUGGGAAGAAUAAUUAGAACUGACAGUGUAUCCCUAAAAUUGCAACUGAUGGAAAAUAAAAAAGUGAAAUAUC